GCUUUUACGACAGUAGAGAGCACACCGUGGAAAUGGACAGAGUGUUAAAACGCGUGGGGCUUUCGAAAAGAACUCAAUCUGAGAUAAAGGUCCAAGAGCAGACCGCUAGUGAGGAAAAAACGAAAAUACGCCGCCGCCGCAGGAGCAAAUCGCGACGGAGGUCUAGUCAGGAGAGUAAAAAAACACGCGGACUAUUUAAUAUUGAUUGGGAAUCGGUAAAAGACUGUAAAUCCUGCAAGUCGAGGGCGAUCACAAGGCGGUUUUGCAGCAAAAGAUGUGAUAAUGAGCUCUAUAGGUCCAACAGUUUCAAGUUCGAGCGGUUCAUCAGGGGCAGUGAGGAGGCCUCCACUCUGGGCAAAAAGAUUUCGUUGUGUGAUGAUUAUAGCCUACCAGUUGACAAUUUAGGAAAUAGGAGGAGACCCAAUAGCAUCGCAGUUCCUAGUUUCACCGAAUGGAAUAUCGCUAGUCCAAAUGAAGAAAAGAUUGAAAUUUUGGAGACGUACUCGACUCCGCGCGACUCAAGGCAACAGCUAAUUCAAGAGGAUAUCGAAACCAAAUGUUUCACCAGCCCUGAUCGAGAGUACUCGCAGCCCUACACGACAGAGGGUUCUUCAGAACCAAGCUCCGAUGACGAGUUCUUCGGGCACCAGCACAUCUCUGUGACGAAGCCUCAGGAAUUGAAUUCUCCGGAUAGCAUCGCCGAGGCUAUCCUUCCUCAACUCAGUGCUCACUCCCCCAAUCGCAGCGACAUAAAACGGCACCCUUCGCCCUAUUACUACGCUGAUUUAUACAAGAAUAAAGUCGAGGAGUCGAAAACUUGUCCGGCGAAAUUCCGCAAAGAGCCAGUCCUUCAGCCGAAACCGUCUCAGGAUGUUUUAGAAUCAAACCAGUUGAGCCAAAAAAUCAAAUCGUCGCAUAGGAAGUACCGGAAAAGCUUUAGUCUAGAUAACCCGAAUUUGGAUAAACCAAUCCGAGCCAGGUCGCACAGCCGUUUGAAGUAUAAAAAGAGUUCGAGUGUUGACACACAAAGCACUGAUUCAAGGGAUGCGCCUAAUGAGGCGGUUAUGCCUCCGAAUAGACUGACUUCACCCUGUGCUUGUCUCACCCCCGACGAUGGCUUAGACGACGAAAUGACACGCCAAAGGCAUGUAUACGAAACCGCUUUCGACUGUCGCAUUAGCAAGUCUGAUGACGAUUUAGAUCAGAUUGACAAAGUAUCAAACCAUCCUGUCCUCGUACAACUGAAUAACGCGAGGGAAAACCGACCUGGGCCGUCCGCUGAUAGCAAUACACCACAAAACAGGCGGAAAGUCACGCUGCUCUGCCCCAAACCGAGCCAAGAGGACAAUAACUCCGUCGGCGCCAUCUCCCAGAAGCUGCAGGAAAUGCGUUUGCCCGAAGAAGCGUCUGUGGUUUCUGGGGCUUUGUCCUUGCCCUUGCGAGGCUACACACCAUCCCCUCCGUCCACCGCCCCUCUUCCGACGAAGUUCCCCGGCAAAGAGCUGGUAAUGAACAGUAUUCGUAGUGCCCCAAAUUUGCCAUCGCAUCCGAAAAGUCGCUUAAAAGACUUGCAUCUUCCCGUAAAGUCUCUCCGAGGCCGUUCGCCCAAUAGUAGUAGUGGCAGUUUGCAAAUCCAGAGAAGUGCUUUCGACAUCGAGUUCGGUAACAGCAAACUCAUCUCGGAGUUCAAAGGGCGGCCGAGCCAACCCAAGGAAAUGAAAGAGUGGCCACUCAAGCGCCAUAAAGGGACUAAGGACAACAUUUUGGAGUUCAAGGGCCGUCGCAGGAGACACAAAUACUCAAGCACCGAGAGCAUGACGGCCAGCAGCAGCGGCGGCAGCAUGGAGAGCAUUAAGAGCAGCACCAGCGAGGGCAACAGAAGUACAACGAGCUCCGACAGCCGGCAGUCCUCCUCUCUGAGCUCCCACAGCUCGGACAGCGGCGGGACAAAGGCGUACUGCGGCACCCAAAACUCCAGCUUCCUCGCCCACGCCAACAAGCUCCACAUUCUGAGCCCCAUCUCGGACAAAUCAUCUCAGGAACCAAUCUCAGAAACCUCCGACAACAAUCGGAACAACAACUCGCAGAAGUGCUCCCCGGAAGAGGCCGCCACGCCCGAAACGAUGAAAGUCAAGCGGCGUCUGCCCCAGAACAAGAACCUGCUGAACCUGGGCUUCCACGCCGGCGACCUGGAGAUCCAGGGCUCCGACAGCGGGAUCUCGAUCCAAUCGCGCGAAGGCAUCAAAUCGCGGUUCGGGUUUACCGCGGCUGAAUUACCGAGUCAACAAGAUUUCUCCGAUCUGCCGUUUGAUAUGCCGAAAUUGCGCCGGCGACGGAUGAUUACACAAGACGCGUGCACGUCAGGCAGUGCCACUUCGGUUGAUUUGAGGGAUUUACCGUUUGAUAUGCCCAAAUUGAGACGGCGGCUUCGAAUACAGCCGAGCACUGAGUCAAGUGUCUCGCAGGCGUCGUCCAGCCAAAGUGUCAUCGAAGCUGACAGGCAAGUGUCUUCGUUCCGGCCGAAGCUGACCCUGAAUUUGGGGGAGUUGGACUUGCGUCAGCGUCCGGGCCUUGGAUUAUCUCUUGUUGGACUUGGAAUGAACUUAAAUAAUCCCGAAAACCCUCCCACAGCGGACGUCAUUGAUGUCAAUUUGCCACUGGAGAAGCAAGGAUGGUUCCACGGGGCUAUCACUCGCGUCGAAGCGGAGAACGUGCUCAGGAUGUUACGAGAAGGGAGUUUUUUAGUUCGGAAUAGCGAAUCGACGAAACAGGAUUAUUCGCUCUCGCUGAAGAGCGCUCGUGGCUUCAUGCACAUGAGGAUACAGAAGGACGGAAAUGACGAGUGCUACAUUUUGGGACAGUUCAGUAAACCGUUUCAUUCGAUUCCGGAAAUGAUCCGCCAUUUUUGCAUAAACCGGCUGCCAAUCCGAGGGGCGGAACACAUGUGCUUGCUGCAGCCGGUCAUUGCGCAACUCUUGUGAUAAGAUAAGGUUUUGCUUUUCUUAUAUAAGACGCACAUUUAUUAAAGAAACGAUCUAUUUUUUCUGUAAAACGGUUAAACCAAAGGCUUCCACAUGAGUAGAGAAAAUGAGAUUUUUAUCUACGGUGUUAUUUGUUAUUGAUCACUCUUUAGUUGGCCGUAUGAGAUACGGCGUCACUUUAAUUGUUAAAUAGCAAUUAGGGUCCAGGCGACCUUUGAAGGGUGGUCCGGGCCCUAGUAGAUGUGCAAUAUUUCGUUAGCCUACUUUGUUCAGUUUUGUCUUGUUUUAGUACGGCUACAGAAACUAUAUUGCCAAAGAAAAUGACUGUGAAUAAAAUAUACAUACCUAUAUAUUAUAUACAUUUCGGUGUAAGAGACUAGUUUUAGGUCUAGCCUUAGGUCAAUGUUUUAGGAUUAGCAUUCUAAUAAGAAAACAAAGCAAAUAUAAAAGUACUUUAACAUUAUAUUACAUUUCACUCACAUUAUGGCUCAUUGCGACAUUAUAUCUACUUUAGCAAGUAUUGUUAUUUUCGAUUUCUAUUACUUAAUCUUUCAAAAAUUCUUAAAACUGUUCUAGACGCUAUAUUAUUUACCAAUGUAAUAUAGUUUAGAGACUUUGUGAUGAAUGUGUUAAUAAGGGACUGAAUAAAAGUACGUAAGAACCA